AUGCUCAAAUCGAUUGCAUUCUGUGGAUCUUCUAACAUAGCUGCGCUAUUCGAGAACAACGUCAAAUUGGCGUCUACAACAACAGGAACUCACUUUGCCACAUUUGAGAUGGAUCAGUACUCGACAGAUGUCCACGGUUGUGAUGAUUUCUUAUUUGUAGCCAACCGUAAGCAAAGAAUGGGUCUUUUGGACUUGCGAACCUCCAAAAUGCUCCCGGUGAACCAGAUUAAUGUGGAUCAACACGAGAGUAUGACGUCGAGCUGCUACAAUGCGAACAACGAUAUUCUCUACGCAUCUAUCUGGAAUCCAACAACGAGAUAA